CAAAGUGAAUGUUGUGGAGAGCAAGAAGGGAAAGAAGAGAAAGGCCAUGAAUAAUUCCAACAACCAGACCAGCAACCAGAAGAAUAAAAAGAAAAAACUGUCCCCUAUGUCCACUAAGAAUUGUUUCAAUUGUGGGCAAUUGGGACACAUUGUUCGCUUCUGUCCUAAUCCAAAGAAGAACCAGAACCAGAACCAGAACGAAGGGGCUGCAAGUGCAAAUGUGAUUGAGAAAGUUGAGCCUAGUGAGAUUGUUGCAAUGAUUUCUGACUUACAUGUGAGUAUGAUUCAGGAAUUGCACAUGGCUGGAGUCAUGACCAGUGCUGAUUGGUGGUAUGAUUCGGGGGCAACUGCUCACAUUUGCAACAAGAGAGCCAUGUUCAAGGACUACACAGAGUCAACAGAGGGACACGAGGUUCUGUUGGGUGAUCAUCGCACGAUCAAGGUUCUUGGAUCUUGAACCGCGGAGCUUUUCUUCACCUCGGGAAAGAAAGUUGUUCUCACCAAUGUUCUUCACGUGCCUGAUGUUAGAAAGAACUUGGUUUCUGGUUUCAUGCUUUGUAAGAAGGGGAUAAAAGUUGUGAUAGAAUCUGAUAGGGUGAUUGUGACCAAGGCUGGUAUGUUUGUUGGGAAGGGCUAUGUUAGUGAUGGUAUGUUUAAGUUAAGUAUUGACAAUGGUAAUAUUAAUAAUAAAGUUGAUGGUUCUGC